AAAAAACUCUUGCGCUUGAUGAAAAACCAGAGGAAUCUCCUGAAGGACACCAGACAUGGAUCAUCGUACAUUUUCGAGCCCAGUGUCUACCAUGCCUUGGUUGUCAUAUUCCUGGAAUUCUUCGCAUGGGGACUUCUCACGACCCCCAUGAUUUCCGUACUUAAUAAAACUUUUCCAGAGGAUACGUUUUUAAUGAAUGGAAUUAUUGUUGGUAUCAAGGGUUUGUUGUCUUUGAGUGCUCCUUUAAUCGGCGCUCUUUCGGAUUCGUGGGGCAGAAAAACCUUUCUGCUGAUCACCGUCUUCUUUACUUGCCUUCCCAUACCGUUUAUGAUUGUUAGUCCUGGAUGGUACUUUGGACUGAUCUCAAUCAGCGGAGUGUUCGCUGUCACGUUUUCUGUAGUUUUCGCUUACGUUGCGGAUAUCACUGACGAAAGUGAAAGAAGUCAAGCGUACGGUCUGGUUUCGGCUACAUUUGCAGCCAGUCUUGUGACCAGUCCCGCACUGGGUGCUUUUCUCAGUGAUAUUUACGGCGAGGAAGUGGUGGUGGCAUUGGCCACAGCCAUUGCACUACUGGAUGUGCUUUUUAUUUUAUCGUUCGUCCCCGAAUCGCUUCCAGAGAAAGCCAGAUUUGCUAAUUCAUCGAACUUUUCGUGGGAGAGUGCCGAUCCGUGUUCAAAUCUGAAGAAACUUGGGCACGACCGAGUGAUCCUUAUUGUGAGCCUAACGACUUUCUUGUCGUAUUUGCCUGAAGCUGGUCAAGUUUCGUGUAUAUUUGUGUAUUUGCGGUUGGUUGUGGGAUUUUCCAUGGAAAUGGUUGCCGCCUUCAUCGCUUUUGUGGGAAUAUUGUCCGUAGUCGCUCAAACUGUGUUAUUAACUCAUUUGAUGAAAACUUUGGGUAGUAAAAAAGCACUAUUGCAGUCGGCCUAAUUUUUGAAGCGCUGCAGCUUUGCUUGGUACGGCUUCGCACAGCAGACAUGGAUGAUGUGGGGGGCGAUCCUUGCCGCUGUUUGCAGUAUUACUUAUCCAGCCAUCAGUGCAUAUGUAUCGAAUUAUACGGAAACUGAUAAGCAAGGUUUGGUUCAGGGUGUUAUAACUGGGAUCCGGGGUUUGUGUAAUGGUCUCGGUCCGGCUGUUUAUGGGUUGAUAUUCUCGCUCUUUCAUAUGGAUAUGAACGAAAAGAAAUUCGGUGAAAGUAAUCCGGCCAGUCUGCACAAAAUGAAAAUUGGCAAUGCCACUGCCACACCGUCAGUGUCCAGCAAACAAAGUAUAAUACCGUCCCCUUUUGUUUUCGGCGCUUUUCUUGUGAUAUGCGCUUUGCUUAUGUCUGCGUGGAUUCCGGAACUGGUAUUUCCUGACAAACCAAAACGGCCAAAACGGUAACACCCACCAUGAGUUUCGUGGCCGAUGACGAAGACGAAGAGGACGUCGAGGUUUACAGGAAAGAGAAUAUAUCCAGGUUCGAAGGCAGCACGCUGAUCAAUUUUGAUUAAUGUUGAUUUAGAUAUGCUCUAUGCUUUGCAUACUGUGCCACUGUGUUGAGUUCCUGGGCUUAUUUUUUCUAGCGUCUUAAUUGUAAUUUGGGA